GCGCGGCUCGCGGCUCGCAGCGCUCACCGCCAUGGAGUACCUGGUCGGCAUCCGCGGCCCCGACUUCGUCCUGGUGGCUGCCGACACCGUGGCGGCCUCCAGCAUUGUCCAGAUGAAGCACGACCAUGACAAAAUGUUUAAGAUGAGUGAAAAGAUCUUACUCCUGUGUGUUGGGGAGGCUGGAGACACUGUACAGUUUGCAGAAUACAUCCAGAAAAACGUCCAGCUCUACAAAAUGAGGAAUGGUUACGAGUUGUCUCCUAUUGCGGCUGCAAACUUCACGCGGCGGAACCUUGCUGACUAUCUCCGGAGUCGAACUCCUUACCAUGUCAACCUCCUCCUGGCUGGCUAUGAUGACCACGAGGGCCCUGCCCUGUACUACAUGGAUUACCUGGCAUCUCUGGCUAAGGUCCCCUUUGCAGCACAUGGCUAUGGUUCUUUCCUUACCCUCAGCAUCCUUGACCGCUACUACAAGCCAGGUAUGACACGUAAGGAAGCCAUGGAUCUGCUAAAGAAAUGUCUAGAGGAGCUUCAGAAACGCUUCAUCCUCAAUCUGACUUCUUUCAACGCCCGGUUCAUUGACAAGGAUGGCAUCCAUGAAGUGGCAAACGUACCCCUUGCAACAGCAACAACAACAACCUGACCCCUGAGAGCUUUUCUUCAGCAGUCUUCUCCUUUUGUUCACUUUUGGUGGUGUUUUUGGGGUGUUUGGGGUUUUUUUUCUAUUCAGUGGAAGCACACAGGUCAUGUGCUGUGCUGGGAGCUGAAAUAAAGAUUCACAUUUA